UUUAUUUUAAGACAGACAAUCAUUGUAGUUUCAUUCGUGCCUUGAAAUGUCGGUUGCCUUUCUGAAAUGGAACCCGAAAUAUUAAACCUUGAUGACGUAUGGGGUCGACCAACGCAACUUCCGGAGAACCCACCCAACAACAUGUUCGGGAUGUCCGGCGAGACUGACCACCCUAUUUGGCAAACAUAUUUUUUAUUAUAUUAAAAAUUCGCCCAUCAAUACGUUAAACUCGCAACGUAAUUAAAAUAUGUGAUGGAAACCAGUCGGACACCCAGAGAUAUACUGAAGUACUUUACCUCAAACACCUAAAGCAACAUGGCGAUCAUUUUACUCAUCAUCUCUUUGUUGAUCAACGGUGUUGUUACAGAUGAGAUUGUGUCACUAAAUGAGGGAGAUUCUGUUUCUUUACACACAAACACUAAAACACAGAAAGAUCAUCUGAUCGAGUGGAGGUUUGGCGAUCAACAGGAUCUUAUAGCGAGAAUAAAUGGGGAACCUACCUCACUCAAAAUAUAUGAUGAUGUUCUUGAUGGGAGAUUCAAAGACAAACUGAAGGUGAACACUGAGAAUGGAGAUCUCACCAUCACAAACAUCACAACUAAUAAUAACACUGGAGAUUAUAAGCUAGAGAUCAGCAACAGAGCAAUCACGAGAAAGACAUUCAUCAUAAAUGUGUCUGGUGAUAAAGUGACGGUGAUGGUGGGAGAUUCUGUCAUUACAGUCAAAAAUGUUAUCAAGAAACCAGGAGAUGAGAAGAUUCUGUGGAGGAUGCGACACAACAACUCUCAUGUAGCUGAAAUGAAUGGAACGGUCUUAACUUAUAAUGUUAAUGGUGGGAGAUUCAGAGACAGACUUCAGGUGGAUUAUCAGACUGGAGAUCUCAACAUCACAAAUAUCAGACCUGAUGACUCUGGAUCUUAUAAAGUAGAUAUCACUGUCGGCAGUCACACAUAUACUAUACACAGAUCAUUCACUGUCAAUGUCAAAGAUCAGUCAUCUGGUUUGUCUUCAGGCGUUAUAGCAGGAAUCUGUGUUGUUGUUCUGGGUGUUGUUGUUGCUGCUGCUGCUGUUGGUUUUAUCGUUUACCGCAAGUCUCUUAAGGCUAAUAGAAAUGAGCGGGAAGGUGUAGGCUCCCCGAUAAACAAUGAAGCGACAGGAGAAGAGUCAACAGAGAUGAACAAACCAUUGAGGACUGGAGAUCCCAGCAGCAGUGAUGUUCCUUAAAAGUGUAAUAUCAUCAACAUUACAAACACAUCAACAUUAUUGACUUAUAACAUCACUCUCAUUUCAAUGACUUUAAAACCUGUCUGCCUGUAUGCUGAUGAGGAACUGAACCAGAAGAAAAGCUCUCAAGACUACUGAAACACUGAAAAAAAUAUAAAGUCAGGUUUAUAGAGCACUUCACAGACACGGUAUACAAUGUACACUAUAUACACUAUAUACACACAUGCAUUAACAUUACCUCAUAAUAGAUUUCAUACCUGGUACUACACUGGAAAGACUGUUUUGAAUGUACUAUUUGCUGUUUCAUGCUCAUAUCUGCAUAGCUAUGAUAACUCUGAAUAAUUGCAAUGUAACAGCCUGAAUGAACACAGAUGCAAAUGUAACUAGCAUUCCAAAAUGCAAGCUGCCUUAAAAUUUUCUUUAAAAUAAGUUUUGACAAUCUGGUGCUACUACUUUGAUUUGUGUGAGAUGGGUUUGAUUUAUUUAAAGAUUUGAUUUAAAAAGUAAACAUUAACUUUCUUAACACCAACUCUAAGCUAUGUUUUUAUUAUUUGGCUACAGUUUUUAGUUUUAAACAACUUUAAAAGAAUUAUUACGGUACUUGUAUUUUCUCAAUCAUUUAAGAACUUUGUAAAUUAAAGUCCUAACUGUGAUUUUUUUUGUUGUUGUGUUUUUUCUUUCUUUUAUUUUGUGAAUGUAAAAACUGUUUAACAGAUCACUUGAGAUGACUGAACCUCAAUUAAAUCUCUGUUCUGAUCUCA